GUCAAGCAGCUCCUGUUGCAGCAGCUCAACCAAUGGUGGACCUUCUCAGGAAGCAGUACCCCACGGCCAAGGAGCAAAACGACCAGACCCGCAUGGAUGAGAUCCUCGCAGCUUGCCCCGAGGCAAAGCCAGCUGAACCAGUCGCAGCACCAGAGUCAUCAACAGGACAGAAACUCCAAGAGGCCGUCGCGGAGCUCAACCGUCUCCAGAAGCACCAAGGCAAGCUGGCCAAACAGCUCAAGCGUGCUACCGAGUACCGCAAUGACGUGCUCCAGAGGAUCAGCACCAACGUAUCCGAGCUGGCCGACGCGAAGAAGCACUUCCAAGAGGCCAAAGCUGAUGUCGGAGGAGAUGCAGCUGAAGCACAGCCAGCCAAGAAACAGGACGACGCGGAGGAGGAGUUCCCGACCUUGGACGACGAGGAGUUGGCCAUGCUGGACAGCAAGCAGAAAGAGGAGUAUGAGGCAAUCCAGAAAGAAUUCCAGAAGGCCAGGCAAUACAUCGACGGCAAGAAGACAGCAGUCAUCAACGCGACGAAGGCGCUCGACGCGGCUAAGACCAUCAAGACCAAGGUGGAGCUCGCCAACCAGUUCGACCUCUCAGAUGACGCCCAGGUCCAGGCCUACCUCGCGAAGCUGGCCCAGAUCAAGAGCAGGACGAAGGUCAUGGUCGCUACGCGGCAGGGUUCGCAAGGUGCUGGCAUCCAGUUCCAGACCGAAGGCAAGAACCAGCAGACCAAUUCAGACGAUGCGAAGCCCACCGUCACCAUCUUCGUGGCCAACGUUACGCAGUACAACACGGCCGCCAAAUUUUUCAUCGAGGGCAAGAGCAAGCAGUACGACAUCACCGCGCUGAGCGAGCACCACCUACGUGGACCAGCAGCAGAGAUCGAGGGCCACAGCAUUUUCGCCAAGGAUAUCCAGGAUAUCACCAUGGUGAAGUGGCAGCUCAAAGGACAGCAGAUAGCAGUGAUCACGGCCUACCUCACAGCAUCCAUCGGCUUCACGGGUGAGAAUAUCCGUAAGAUGAAGCACUUACUUCAGCUGACAAAGAGUUUGGGCAACAUACCUUGGAUAAUUUGUGGAGACUUCAACAAUACACCACAAGAGUUUGAAGCGGCGCCUUGGCUAAGACUGCUUGGUGGAUCAAUUGUGGUACCUCAGCGCGUUAGCUACGCGUGCAGCAGUGGAACGGGGCGCCUCAUCGACUCUGCCAUCAUCCCUCCAGACUUUCGGCCGAUACUCAAGCAGAUCCGUGGCGAGCAUGAGGUACCAUGGUCCCCGCACAUCGGCAUCGUUAUAGAGCUAUGGGCCCAGCCGUCGACGAUCCUUAUCCGCAAGCCCAUGCUCCCAGCCAAGCGCCCCAUACCCAUGACGGAAAUCCAAAGAGAGAAAGGUAUCAAGCGGCAACAGCGCGACCGCGCCCAGUACAACGAAAUGGCCAAGUACUUUGAAGACGACCUCUUGGACAGCAAGCUCCUGGACACGUACUACACGCAGACUGUGGCCAUGCGAUGCGACCAGAAUAUCUGGGACGAGUGCCGAGACGAGGAGGCAUCUUGCCGAAUCCGAGGCGCGCCGUUGUGGGUGCAGAAUUCGCUAGCGUACAAGCAGGACCCGCGCAUGAGUGAGUUGCUGGGUAAGUUGUAUGGCAAGUGGGCGAAUGCGGCGGAGCGGGCACUCUCGACCAUCACGGAGGCACCGAUCCACUCACGAGCGAGACGUGGACAGCCAACACGCUACAAGGAAGUACCCUACCCGCAGCACAUCGCAGGCAAGCCGGAAGGUAACACUAAAGCGGACGAGCAGCAGCACACCAGCAUCCUCUGGACGGCGCUCUAUCAGCGUUGCCGAGACGGCGUUCUGCUCCUCCAAAGGCACCCGAUAGAGAGCAAGCACCACUUGGACGCCAUCAGCCUCAUCAUCAAGACUGUAGUCACGCAGAUCGACAAGCUUGAAAAGACCAAAGUAGCGGAGACCGACUACCUGGAUGAGCAGGCGGCCCUUUUCGCCAAACGCGUCAGCUCCCUCGGCCACGACAUCGACCCCGACACGCACAUGGAGAAUAUCACCGAGUGGCAG